AAACCACGUCAGUUGUGUGAAGUUGAGUGGAUGGCUUGCUAUAUACUCUAACCGUCGUGUCAUUCUCUUCUUGUCUGUCUUGACUAUCAUUUAGUGAGGUAUUCUGAGAAUUUCGGCAGGGAUGGUACCUUGGGUGCUUUUGCUACUGCCUCUCUCCGCGUUCUCUGCAGUUGACAAGACACAUGGCGUGCCUCCUAGUCUUUUAGCCAGUUAUGUUCCCACCAAAGAUGGCUCCCAAGAAAUAUGGACGUGUAUCGAUGGAUCUAAAGUGAUCCCUUGGUCUGCGGUUAACGACGACUACUGUGACUGUCCAGACGGCAGUGACGAGCCCGGCACCGGCGCAUGUCCUAACACCAGGUUCUACUGCCGGAAUGAGGGACACAUUGGUGCUUUUAUUCCAUCAUCGAGAGUACGAGAUGGACUUUGUGAACCUGCAUGCUGUGAUGGUUCCGAUGAAGAACCAGGCGUGUGCCCAAACAAGUGCAAGGAGAUUGGCGAGGCGUAUAGAGUAAAGCAAGCAGCCGAACGCAAGUUACGGAAGACUGGAUCCAAAAUUCGAUCAAGUUACAUUGCCUUCGCUCAAAAGGAAAAGAAGCGCAUUGAGGGCGAGAUAGCCUCACUUGAGAACGAGAUCGUGUCUAGGGAGAAGGAAGUAGCACGUCUCAAAGAUAUCGCCGAUCAUGCUGAAUCACUAUCUGCUACCGCACUUGAGCAGAAGAAACAGUCGCCGCUAUACCAGUCCCUCCUUGCUCAUCAUCGAGCACUGAAGUCACUCCAAUGCGAACAUAAGAAACAUCUUGAACGCGAGAAGUCUCUCGGCGACAUCCUUGACCGUCUUCGAACAGGCUAUAACCCCAACUACCAAGAUAUGGCUGUCUUGGAAGCCGUCCGCGGAUGGGAAUUCCAUGCCGGUUUGCCUCAUAUCAACGAUGUCAAGAAGGAUGACGAACCCUCUACGGAGGACGAGUCUGAGACUGGUAAGGAUGAAGAGGAAGAACUCGAGCCUGGCAUGUGGACCCCUCAGCAAUUGGAACAUCAGUUAGAUGAGUUGCUCGAUCAGGAUUAUGAGAGUUUACUUCUUGAACAUGACAAGCAUGUUGGUGCUACCGAGCAUUCUGACUCGCUACUGUACAACCUGUCCGCAUACGUUCCCGAGCCCCUUCUCCCUCAAUUCGAAGCAUUCCAAAAUGCUUUGGUCUCCUGGUUGGAGCUUCUCGGCAUCGUCAAACCCUCCAAGUCUGACGCCGCUGAUGACUCUCGCGCAAAGAAAGCUUACAACGACGCCGACCACAGUCUCAAGCUCACAAGAGAUGAGCUCACGAAGGCUAAAGAGGACCUUUCGCGUCUCUUCGAUUCUAACUGGUACGGAAAGGACGGCGAAUGGAAGAAGCUUGAUGGCACUUGUCUUGAGAAGGACACUGGAGAUUACACCUACGAGGUCUGCUUAUUUGACGAGGCGAGGCAGAAGCCUAAUAAGGGCGGCUCCACGUUCAGCCUUGGACGCUUCGCUCACUGGAACAAUGGCCCCGGAGUCGAAGUCGGAUCACCGGAGUAUUACAGCAAACAAUUCUAUAUACAUGGUACCAAGUGUUGGAAUGGUCCCCAGCGAAGUGUUGUCCUUGAACUCGAAUGUGGUACCGAGAACGCUCUACACACUAUUGCCGAACUUGAGAAAUGCGAGUAUAAGAUCACCGGGACGACACCUGCGCUCUGCUUACCGCCAGAUGAACCAGAGAAGCCGAGAGAGGAGUUGUAGAGUAGUAGAACACUACACAUUUAAUUUAUGAUUUGAACGGAACUUCUUGCUUUCGCCAUGCCAUGCUUUGCCAUACUAGUUUUCACAUAUGAAAAUGAUAGGUUACACUCUUGAAUCAUAAAUUUGACCAUUUAAUCUAAUCGUCGUCGUCCCCGACGCUAUCC